AGAAAAUAUCUGCAAAUUUCUCUCUCUCCUCACUUGAAUGGGCGGGUUCUCUCUCCUCUGAAAGAACCAAGAAUGCUCAGAGCCUUCCUUUCCUUCUCCGAGCAUCCCACCUCUCUCCGCCUCCGCCUCCGCCUCGGUUCCGUUCCUUCUCCGUGCAUCCCACCUCUCUCCGCCUCCGCCUCCGGACCUCCGCCUCUGCCUCGGUCGCUGGUCCUCUGCCUCUGGCAUCUCGGUCUCGUUCCCGAGCGGCACCAGGCUCCCCGCCGCUGACCGGGCGCUGUCCUGUCGCUGGCCGCUCGGUCGCGAGGGAGAUCUCGGCGGAUUUGGGCGGGGUCGACGGCGCGGCGAAGAAGGAGAGGCCUGCUGCAUUUUCUCUCUCUUUCUCGGUGAUUUCAGGCUCGACGUCGAAGCAGAGAAGGAGGAAGAACAAGAAGGAGAAGAUGGGUCCUUGCUUUUCUGCUUCUGGGUUUAUCUCUUGAAGUGAACUCAGAUGUCAAGGGUGGUUUUCCAAUUCUCGUUUUGAAUGGAGAUAAGAGACUCACGCUUCUGCCAUCGCUUCCUCCACAAAAAGAAUCUCCUAUCCCGAGCCCUCUCACUCACCCCAAGCGCCCCCCCUCUCUCUGUAUCCAGCCCUCUCACUCACCCUAAGCCUUCCCUCCUCGCCUCUGUCCUCGUCACCGUCAUCGACUUUCCAGCCGUGGCUACAGAAAUCGCCGGCUGCCGACUGGCCUCUCGACCUUCUUUGUCUUCUACUCCUUAUUCGGUCCCGAUUUCAGGCUCGAGUACGUAGCCAAGGAUUUUGAAGCAUAAGAGGUUUGCGAGGCUAUAUUGGUGGCGGUGCUAAGUUUUGGGGUUUCGGCGACGCCGUGACGGCCGCGAGGGAUAUUGUGGUGGAGGAGAGAGAGGCGUAUGGGUCGAGGCAGAGUUGGAUAGCUUAUCAGGAGGCUGAGGGGGAGAGUUCUUCAUGGGCCCUUUUGACUCCUGAAGCGAGUCGCGUCCCGCCAUUCCCACCGGAGACUACAAUGAAGGUGGGAAGCUCUCAUUCUCCGAAUUUUCUGACUUGAUGAAUGCUUUUGGAAAUCAAUUGGCUGCUGACAAGAUGCUUGGCUUCUUUCAACAUUUCAAAUUCGCUCUUCAUUUCCAAUCUCCACACUUUUGGUUGGCACUGAUGAGAGAUUUAUUGUCAAAGGCUAAGGUGCUCAUGUGGUUUUGACAGAGGUGUUGCCAUAACAUAAGAGAACUCGUUGUUGGACAACACUGCGCGGAUUGAGGGCUGGUUGGCUAGAUUUCCAAUGUUUGACUGGGUGGGUGGCAUAACAUCUGAAAUGUCUGCAGUUGGUCUACUUCCAGCAGCCCUUCAAGGGAUCGAUAUCAGACAAAUGCUUGCUGGCGCAUCCUUCAUGGAUGGGGCAACUAGGACGAAAGUGUAUCAAUUUUGCCGGCAAUUCAAAUCCUGGUUCAAGAUGCAGAGUAAAUCUGCAAUGCAAGUCGGAGAGAUGAUCCUAUUUCCUUUGUCCAGGAUAUCCAUUACUGUGAAGAACAACCCUGCUGCAUUGCUUGCUUUAUGUUGGUAUUGGGCUUCUGAUGGUGUAGCAUCUAAGGACAUGAUAAUUCUUCCUUACAAAGACAGCCUUCUAUUAUUCAGUUGUAUCUGCAACAAUUUGAUUUGGAUGGCUAUCGGGUCAAUCAAUGGGUUACUGUUUAUGGGAAUAAAGGAAGCACAGACCAGCAUGCGUAAGUUAUGUUUUGAUAAAGUGUCGAAGCUGGGAAAAAGGCAGCAGCAGAAGUAUUUGCUCGUCAGAAACGGGUUCUGGCUUUACUCAAUGAGGCCAGGUAUCUUACUAGAACAAGCUUGUCUAAGAUGGAAACUAUCAGCUCUUAAGGAACGGGGAACACUUAAAGAAACUGUCGAGUGGGGUGGUAGGCAUUGGAGAUGAUGGACAGAAAGAGGUCCGCAUUGAAAGGACAGAUGAAUUUGGCCGAAUAUUAACCCCAAAGGAAGCUUUCCGAUUGCUUUCCCAUAAAUUUCAUGGAAAAGGGCCUGGCAAAAUGAAGCAAGAGAAGCGCAUGAAGCAAUGCCAGGAAGAAUUGAAGUUGAAGCAGAUGAAGAAUUCAGACGCGCCUUCUUUGUCUGCAGAGAGGAUGAGGGAAGCUCAAGCUCAAAUGAAGACACCUUAUCUUGUGCUUAGUGGUCAUGUUAAGCCUGGGUAUGUUUUCCUGUGUUAAAAAAUCAAGUUACUAGUUCUUUAUUCAUUGGCAUUUAAGCACAUAGCAUUUUAGAUUAAUCUGACUUUAUAAGAUGUCAAUGUGGAGUGUCUUGUUCCAUGACCAAAGCGCUUGACUGUCUUUUCGCUUUGCUGCUUCAAAUUUUCUAUUUAUCCCAAAUCCCUCACAGCCUGGGCUCUGCUGAGGAGAUGUUUCUGUUUGCUAA